AUGAUCAGAAGGCACUCCCUCCUGACUUCCACACCAAAACAACUGUCCCUCCUCUUUGUUAGCCACAUGCACUCAACCCUGGUGACUCCAUCACCAAAACAAGUGUCCCAAACCCAUCAAACCUUCAAACCCAGUUUCACUCCCUCCUUCCCCUUUUCCAGACACAGGGUCAAUACCUUGCACACUGGUUCCACUGUAGAACAAAUUGAAGUGGAUGAAAUUGUUGAGGUCGAUGUUUGGAUGAAGAUGCAGGAUGAAGCUAGACUUGAUGUCACUGUGGAACCCAUCUUGUCUAGUUACUACAACACUUUCAUUCUCUCUCACGAGUCGUUGCAAACCGCGUUGGCCAAUCACCUUGCCGUCAAACUCAGCAGUCCAUCCCUUCCUAGCACCACCCUUCAUGAUCUUUUUGUCGCGGUUUUGGAAACUGAUCAAGCCGUCAUGGAUGCUGUGAAGAGUGACCUGAGGGCAGUGAAGGAGAGAGACCCUGCAUGCAUAAGCCACGUCCACUGUUUCUUGAAUUUCAAAGGCUUUCUCGCAUGUCAAGCUCACAGGGUGGCUCACAAAUUGUGGCUUCAGGGAAGGGAGAUUCUAGCGGUCAUGAUUCAGAACCGGGUUUCUGAGGUUUUUGCUGUGGAUAUUCAUCCGGGGGCUAAGAUUGGAAGUGGGAUUUUACUGGAUCAUGCAACUGGGAUUGUGGUGGGAGAGACGGCUGUGAUAGGGAACAAUGUGUCAAUUUUGCAUAGUGUGACAUUGGGAGGAACGGGUAAGGUUUCUGGGGAUAGGCACCCAAAAAUUGGUGAUGGGGUGCUGAUAGGUGCUGGAACUUGUAUUUUGGGGAAUAUUAAGGUUGGUGAUGGGGCUAAGAUUGGUGCUGGUUCAGUGGUCAUCAAGGAUGUGCCUCCAAGGACUACAGUUGUUGGGAACCCGGCUAAGCUGGUAGGAGGGAAGAACAACCCUGUUAAGUUGGAUAAGAUUCCUAGCUUCACCAUGGACCAUACUUCUCAUAUUUCUGACUUUUAUGAUUAUUGUGUUUAG